AUGGAAGGUCUGUUAAAUACUACGAAUCUCCCGAUUUCACCACAAACUACCGUUGAAGAUAUCAUUAACUUUUCUAAAUCAGAAAUUCAGUCUUUUCUAAGAGCAAACCAUUUAAAAAUCAGCGGCAAUAAAUUGACACUUGCUCAACGUAUUGUUGACACUAUUCAAAAAUCCAAGAACACGACGCAUGAUCAAGGGAUUUCUUCAAUUAACGAAGAUAAAACAGUUGUUACACUUGACCCACAAGAGUCAAAAGUGCCAUGCAUUACUGAAUUGACAGCUGGGUGGAGCGGAAACGAUGACAAGUUCCCCAGAAUCAGCAUAACUGAUAUUGAAAACUACCUUAUUCACACUAGUCACAGAACCAAUGAUGCAGGGAAAAUGCAAUGCUACCGCCAGUACAUUCGAGGAUUGAACUUCUAUAAGGAGGGGUACAUACAUAAGAUGAUGAUAAAUGAGAUCAGUCCAGACAGCCCAGUCUCUUAUGUAAGAUCUAAAUGCUACCCAUCCAUGCAAAAAGGUGUCUAUGAGCAAUGGGUUUUGAUAAGCAAGCAUGCUCCCUUCCAAAUACUGAAGGCCAACUGCACAUGUCCUGCAGGAAAUGGUGAAGGCUGUACCCAUGUGGCAGGGUUACUGUUUGCCUUAGAGGGGAGACCAAUAACACCAGUGGAGGAUGAUGACAAUGUCCCAUGUACCUCCAAGCCCUGUCAAUGGAACCAACCUAGUAAAAGGAAGAAAGAAACAAGACCAGUUAAAGAUCUAACUUUCAAAAGAAUAAGCUCAGAGGUGAGAAGUGAAACUGAACUGAGAACAAGAGGGCAACAUGAGAAUUCACUGUGGACAAAUGCAAGGAAAGGGAGAAUUACAGCUUCAUAUUUUCAUGAUAUUAAGUCCAGGAAAGAUUCAACCAAGACUGACACAUUACUUUCUAAAGUGUUUGGUGAAAAUUCCUCAUUUGAUAACAGUGCUUUACAAUGGGGCAGGAAACAGGAGCCCAUUGCUAAGAAGAGGUACAAAGCACACAAGAAGUUGAAGGAAGGAAAAACAAUAAAAUUGACUGACAGACAGUGGCUUGAUUGUGCAUCCUGA